GAGGAAGAGUGUUCUUGUGUUUACAUUCCUUGCGCGUAGAUUUCUGAGCUCAACAAUCAAAUCUUUUCUUUUAGUUAUUUGUGUUUAAUAUAAUGUGAUUAUUUAUCCUCAGACAUUAAUAAGAUAAUUUAAUUUAUUAUUACUUCAAUCAUGACCACUCCUCAGAGUGAUAUUGAAAAACGAAGACAGAUCAGUGUGACAGGAAUAGCCCAAGUGGAAAAUGUACUAGAAGUGAAGAAGUCAUUUAAUAGACAUCUCCAUUAUACUUUAGUUAAAGACAGAAAUGUUGCUACACAAAGAGAUUAUUAUUUCGCAUUGGCACAUUGUGUUAAGGAUCAUCUGGUUUCGAGAUGGAUUCGAACUCAGCAAUACUAUUAUGAAAAGGAUCCUAAGCGUGUGUACUACUUAUCAUUGGAGUACUAUAUGGGCCGAACAUUGCAAAAUACUAUGGUAAACUUGGGAAUUCAAGGUGCGUGUGACGAAGCCAUGUACCAGGUCGGUCUGGACAUAGAAGAACUAGAAGAACUUGAGGAGGAUGCCGGUCUUGGUAACGGUGGGCUGGGGAGAUUGGCUGCUUGUUUUUUGGAUUCAAUGGCAACAUUGGGAUUAGCUGCAUAUGGUUACGGGAUUCGUUAUGAAUAUGGUAUAUUCGCACAAAAAAUUCGUAACGGUGAGCAGUUAGAGGAGCCAGAUGACUGGUUACGUUAUGGAAAUCCAUGGGAAAAAGCGCGUCCUGAAUAUAUGCUGCCUGUUAAUUUUUAUGGACAAGUUGCUGAUUGUCCUGACGGCAGCAAAAAAUGGAUCAAUACUCAGGUGGUUUUUGCAAUGCCCUAUGAUAAUCCAGUCCCUGGUUAUGGAAACAAUGUGGUAAACACUUUGCGUCUUUGGUCAGCCAAAAGUCCUGUCGACUUUGAUUUAAAAUAUUUUAACGAUGGUGAUUACAUUCAAGCUGUUUUAGACAGAAACAUUGCUGAAAACAUUACUCGAGUUUUAUAUCCUAAUGAUAAUUUCUUCGAGGGUAAAGAAUUGCGUUUAAAACAAGAAUAUUUCCUUUGCGCGGCUACGCUGCAAGAUGUAAUUCGUCGAUAUAAAGCAUCCAAAUUUGGUUCGCGUGAGGCUAUUAGAACCGACUUCGAAUCCUUCCCAAGCAAGGUUGCUAUUCAGCUGAAUGAUACGCAUCCUUCUUUAGCUAUUCCUGAAUUAAUGAGAAUACUCGUUGAUGUUGAACGUCUACCAUGGGAUGUAGCAUGGGAUAUAACGUGCAGAACGUGCGCUUAUACUAAUCACACAGUUUUGCCAGAAGCGUUAGAAAGGUGGCCUUGCUCUAUGUUAGAAUCUAUACUGCCUCGGCAUUUGCAAAUUAUCUACCAUAUAAAUUAUUUGCAUUUGCAAGAAGUUGCAAAAUUGUACCCAGGCGACACUGAUCGGAUAAGAAGAAUGUCGCUUAUUGAAGAAGAUGGCGUGAAACGUGUAAACAUGGCAUAUUUAUCAAUAGUAGGAUCCCAUGCAGUUAAUGGAGUUGCUUGGAUACAUUCUGAAAUUAUUAAAAAAGAUAUCUUCAAAGAUUUUUACGAAAUGACUCCUGAUAAAUUUCAAAAUAAAACUAACGGGAUCACUCCCAGAAGAUGGUUGCUGUUGUGCAAUCCUUCCCUUUCUGACCUAAUCUGUGAUAAAAUUGGUGAUGAGUGGCCGGUGCAUUUAGAACAAUUAGUGGCUUUGAAACAAUAUGCCACAGAUCCUGUUUUUCAACAUGCUAUUAUGAAAGUUAAACAAGAAAAUAAGAAUCGACUUGCCCAGUUAUUAGAAAAAGAAUAUGGUCUUGAGAUAAAUACAUCUUCUAUGUUUGAUAUACAUGUUAAAAGAAUCCAUGAAUACAAAAGACAAUUGUUGAAUUGUUUGCACAUUAUAACUUUGUACAACAGGAUAAAACGCGAUCCUUCGGCUAAAUUCACGCCACGAACGAUAAUGAUCGGUGGUAAAGCAGCUCCUGGUUAUUACAUGGCUAAACAAAUCAUCAAACUAAUUUGUGCUGUCGCAGAAGUUAUUAAUAAUGAUCCUAUAGUAGGAAACAAGUUGAAAGUAAUAUUUUUGGAAAAUUAUCGCGUCACCUUAGCAGAGAAAAUCAUACCCGCGGCGGAUUUAAGCGAACAGAUAUCAACCGCUGGUACUGAGGCGUCUGGUACCGGCAAUAUGAAGUUUAUGCUCAAUGGUGCGUUGACUAUAGGAACCAUGGACGGCGCCAAUGUCGAAAUGGCACAAGAAAUGGGAGAGGAGAAUAUUUUUAUUUUUGGCAUGCGCGUGGAUGAAGUAGAAGAGUUGCAAAAAUCUGGUUAUGAUGCGCAAUACUAUUAUGAUAAAAAUCCUGAUAUAAAACAAUGCGUAGAUCAGAUCCGAAAUGGUUACUUCAAUCAGGAAAAACCCAAUGAUUUUGUGAAUAUAGCGGAUGUGCUGAUGAAAUACGAUCGAUAUUAUCUUUUGGCAGAUUAUGAAUCAUACAUAGAGACACAGGAUAGAGUCAGUGCUACUUAUGAGAAUCAGUCAAAGUGGUUGGAAAUGGCCAUACACAACAUAGCAAGUUCUGGCAAAUUUAGUAGCGAUCGAACAAUUGAGGAAUACGCCCGUGAAAUUUGGGAUGUUGAACCUAGUUUUGAAAAAUUGCCUGCUCCACAUGAACCAAGAGACUGAUUUAUUUAAACACUUCUAAAAGUAUUUAAUUAUUUUAGUAAUGUGGCAAUUGAUUUUGAUUUAAAAAAAAAUAAAUCUAAAAUUAGGAUAUAAAACCUUUCCAUUUGGCAUGAUUUAUUAACAAAUAAAAUGUUUCAAAUAUAAUAGUAUAUAGUGUAUAUACAUGUAUUGUAUACACUACGGUGUAUAUUGUCUUUUACCUUUAUGCAACAAACA